UAUAAAAACAAAACAGUUACAUUAUAAUACUCGUCCAAUCUCAUGAGUUUAGAAUUUUGUUGUGAAAAAUCUAAAAAUGAAUAGUUUAAAUAUUUUAGCACUGACACUAUGUAUUUUUUUACCGAUAUACCAGGCAUUUCCAUAUAACAUCGAAGAAGAGUACGAGUUAAAAUACUUGCAAGUGAAAAACCAAAUUCAAACAGUUGUCAAGGAAUACACCGAAGAUUUAGUGUUAGCUCAAGAGCGACAAAAAUUUUUAGUAACAACAGCAGAACAGUCGUUGGAAAAAGAAAUAGAACAACUUAAUCAGUAUAUUAAGGAAACUACAAUUAAAGCAGAAAGAGAAUCUAAAGACAUAAGUCACUGUAUCACAGACGAGGACAUAAUUAACAAGCUGUCAAGUAAUAUUGAAAAACUGGAAACCUGUCAUAUGCAACCGAGUUUAGAUUUUUUACAAAAAGAAUUGAAUUAUUUUAUGGAUCAAUAUAAUACGUUUAGUGACAUGGUUGCUACUUGUAUUGAAAAUGAGGAGCAGGUCACUUUUGGUACAACUGUUAUAGAUGGCAGACAUCCCUGUGUGGAUAAAAAUAUUAGUGAAAUAGAAUUAAGAAUGUCUGUUGUUGAGCAACUGUCCAGCCUUCUUUUGGAAAACGGUUACAAUUCGUGCCUUAACUGCCUCAAAAAUCAAAUACCUGAGGUUGAUAAAGAAAUAAUUUCGUUUGCUAGAAAUUAUGCAAAUUGUGUCGAUGAAAUAUUCGGUACUGAAUAUUAAUUAAUUAAAAAAUGUAAUUUUAAGGCUGUUUUUAUAUUUGAUGUGUUCUGUAUUUGAAUUCACAAUAAACGUAGUC